CCCGACGGGGCUCCCUUCCCGCUCAUUGACAGCUCUCUCACAGACAAGUUGCCGCGAACCGCCCAAGGCCCGCACAAGGACGACCCGGAGAGGGCCGGCACCAGGAAAAUGGCCUCCAUAACCCACGUCUUCUCGCAGGAGCAGCACGGCCACCUGGUCCCGUACAUCGCGGCCCUCCAUGCGUCUUGCAUAACCCUGGACCACAUGGUCGGGCCCUUCCUGCCGCCGCUGACCAACGAGAAGCUGCUGCCGUGGUGGAAGGAGCGCCUCGCCGAGGCGAACAACGGCACGCGCAUCAUCGUGCUGCUGCUGCCCGAGCUCAGCCUCGGCAAGAAGCCGCAGGGCACCGACCUGCGCGGCCUGGCCAUGCUCAAGCUGUCCGAGUCCGAGACGGGCUCGUUCCGCGGCCACAUCGACGCCGUGCUGGUCGAUCGGAGGCACCGGCGCCAGGGAGGCGCCAAGGCGCUGGUGGCCGCGCUGGAGUAUGAGGCCGCGAAGAGGGGGCGCUCGUUGUUGCUCGUCGACACCGAGACGGGCAGCGUGGCCGAGGCGGCCUUCAAGAAAUUCGGCUACAUUGAGAUUGGCAAGGUGCCGCACUUCAGCCGCGCCCUGCCCAGCGGCAAGAAGGGCGAGACCUUCUUCUAUAAGGAGUUCCUCCCUUCGUCGUCAUAGACCAUGUGCGCAGGACGGCAUACUUCUAUCUUCUUGUUUUCAUUUGUCGGGCGCUGGUGUUGGCUGGUUAUCUAGAUGGACGAGGCCCACGCCUCGGGUGGAUUUUGCUUUCUGCCUGUUGUUUCGGGUUGGAUUUGAGGAGUUCGACUGCAGCAAACUUGGACAUCUGGGA